AUGAACGAGGUUAAGGCCAUGGCCGAAGUGUGGAAGGGCAGGAUGGACCUGCUGGCUUCGGAGAAGGAAACUGCGAAAGAGGAGCUAGCAUAUCUGAGAUCGGUCGUCGUAGAAUGGGAUACCCUCGGAAGUGAAUAUGAGGCACUGAAGUCCAAACUGGACACAACCUCCGCUGAUGCCGAUAAAAUGAUGGCCCAAUACAAGGCCGAUAUGGAGGCAGCCGAGACCCGCCUAAAUACAAAGGCUGAAUACAUAAAGCAGUUGUCCCGAAGAGAUACCCUCGAAGAGAUUCACGCUCGAGGUUUCGACUUAUCGGUCGAGAUCGAGGAAGCUAAGAGGCUCAAGGCCGAGAAAAAAGAGCUCUACGAGCCUGAGGGUUCCAAAGGAUCUGAGGGAUCUGAGGGCUCCGAUGGUUCCGAUGACGAGUCGGGCCCUGGUAAAGACCAGGCGUAG